AUGCGUUUCUCCAUUAGCAUCAUCAGCCAAGGGCUCCUCGCCCUCCUCACCCUCCAGGCCGCCGCAGCGCCCGUCGUAUCGACUGGAUCAGAGCUUCAGCAACGCGACCCCAGCAUCCUCGAUACCGGCAAGCCGAUCCUCGCGCCGAACUUCACCAAGGGCAAGCAGGCCGCCGCCCUGGUGGUCCAAGCCGAGAAGGACCGCGGCCGUGUCUUUGCCCGCGACGAGCCCCAGCAGAUCUAGAAACCUGCCGCCACAGCGAGGGCAACACCCUCCGCGGCCUG